AUUCAAGACUGCGCUUUUAAAAAAGUUAGAAAUUCAAACCUCCACGCAUAAGAGGUCCACAAAUAAAUUUACAGAAUCCACGCCCCUCUGUUACUAUGGUUACUGUGUUGACCUGCGGAUCCCUGUAUCUGGACUACCCGCAGACUUUUUUUUUUUUUGGCUACAACCGAACCGUCUCCUUCGGAGCUUGGGCUGGAGAAAGAUGGUGCAGCUGCACGUGAAGCGCGGAGAUGAGAGCCAGUUUCUGUUCAACACCACGACGGACGCUCCUGUGGAGGCUGUGAUCCAGCAGGUUACAGACAUUUACAACGGGAGGCUCAAAGUGGAUAGAAUCUGCUCAGAAAUCCCAGAGUUAGCAGACCAUGGUGUCACACUCCCACCUAACAUGCAGGGACUGACGGAGGAGCAGAUAGUGGAGCUGAAGCUGAAGGAUGAUUGGGAGGAGAAAUGCAUUCCAAGUGGAGGCGCAGUAUUUAGGAAAGAUGAGAUCGGGAGGAGGAACGGACAUGCCCCAAAUGAUAAAAUGAAGGAAGUGUUGAUUAGGACAGUGGAGGAGGCCAAAGCACUGAUCUCUAAAAAACAGGUCCAAGCUAAUGUCUGCGUUACCAUGGAAAUGGUAAAGGAAGCGUUGGAUCAGCUAAGAGGUGCCGUUAUGAUCGUGUACCCUAUGGGUCUGCCUCCUCACGACCCGAUAAGGUUGGAGUUGGAAGACCAGAAGGAUCUGUCAGGGACGCAGGCAUCUCUACAGGUGAUCACUGGGGAGGAAGGCCAGCUUUGGUGGGCUGGCAAAGAGAUGCAAAGAGGGAAAAAACUCAAGGACUACAUUGGAAGAAAUGAAAAGACAAAGCUGGUGGUCAAAAUCCAAAAGAAAGGACAGGGGGCGCCAGCGAGAGAGCCUGUGGUCACUGAUGAGCAGCAGAAACAGAUGAUGCUGCAUUAUUACAGAAGGCAGGAAGAACUGAAGAAACUGGAGGAGGCAGAUGAUGACAGCUACCUGGACUCAGAGUGGUCAAACAGACAGGCCCUCAAAAGACAAUUUCAGGGACUUACUGAUAUCAAAUGGGGGCCAAGGUAACACAGUGACGCUGAAAACCUGUCCGACGGAUGUUCAAGGGAAUUAAAGUUUACCUCUCUGAAUGCAGCUGGUCAAGACUGGAUUAUAUCAACCUGAUACAGGUUUCCUCUGUCAAAUGUCUCCCUAUUAGUUGCUCAUUUCUUAAGUGAAGAAAGAGCGUGCAGGUUGCUUCACUGUGUCUAAUAAAACUUUUUUUUUUUUUUUUUUUUGAGUGA